UUCAUUUUCGUUCUCAUUCUUAUUCUUGUUACCAACAAACAAUUCUUUGAUUUUCUUGUGUGUCAAGUUAAAAAAAUAUAUUAUUCAACUCGUAUAUAAUAGUAAUUAACAUUCAUUUCAAUUUGUGUUUCAUGGCUUAUAGAAUGAUCACUAGUUUUAUGGUCACAUUGAUUGUGCUAUGCCCAAUAUCUGAUGCACAAUUGUCUUCAACGUUUUACGACACUACAUGCCCCAAUGCACUUAGCACUAUUAGAACUUCAAUCCGUAACGCAGUCUCUAAGGAACGUCGUAUGGCUGCAUCUCUCAUUCGCCUUCACUUUCAUGAUUGUUUUGUGCAGGGUUGUGAUGCAUCAAUUUUGUUGGAUGAGAGUACCACAAUCGAAAGCGAAAAGAGUGCACUCCCAAAUGUUAAUUCAGUAAGGGGAUUUGAAAUUAUCGAUAAAGCAAAAGCUGCUGUGGAGAAAGUAUGCCCCGGAGUUGUGUCUUGUGCAGACAUAGUUGCAGUAGCAGCACGUGAUGCAUCAUUCGCUGUGGGUGGUCCAUCAUGGACAGUGAAACUUGGACGAAGAGAUUCUACAACCGCAAGCAAAAGUUCCGCCAAUACAGACCUUCCAUUAUUUACAGAUGAUCUUCAAACUCUUAUUUCUCGUUUUAACAACAAAGGUCUCACUGCUAGAGACAUGGUUACUUUAUCUGGUGCACACACAAUAGGACAAGCACAAUGCUUCACAUUUCGUGGCAGGAUAUACAACAACGCAAGUGACAUAGAUGCUGGAUUUUCUAGCACUCGCCAACGUGGCUGUCCAUUGUCUAGUAGCACAACAAACGAUCAAAAAUUGGCAGCAUUGGAUUUGGUCACACCCAAUUCAUUUGACAACAACUACUUUAAGAAUUUAAUUCAGAAGAAGGGUCUUCUUCAAUCUGAUCAAGUUUUGUUCAGUGGAGGAUCUACGGAUUCUAUUGUUUCUGAAUACAGCAAAAAUCCUACAACUUUUAAGUCUGAUUUUGCAGCUGCUAUGGUAAAGAUGGGAGAUAUUCAACCUUUGACUGCUUCAGCUGGAAUCAUAAGAAGCAUAUGCAGUGCUGUCAACUAAUAAUAUAAUUUAUGCAAAUUGCUAUUAAUGUUGUGCGUUAAUAGUUUUCAAUUAAUUCUUUUGUACAUUUGUCUUUCUUGCGUCUACAAUUGUAAGGUGUUAAAUAAUUACUUCUUAUUAAUUCAUUUAUAUCUGUGUACUAUAUGUAAUAUAUGUGCAGUGAUCUCUCUAUUUCAUAAUGAUCAAGAAAUUGUAAUUUUUUUGUUA